AUGGAGAAGAAGUUGCUCCUCGCAGUACCAUUGCCGAGUAACAAGAAGUUCAUUAAAGUUGCUAGAGAGCUCCAUGAUGAUGGUCAACAGCAUUUACGUGUGCUGAUUCAAUUGGAGGGCAAGGCUCAGAUAACAAAUCAAAGAUUGUUUAAUCUGCAACAUCUUCCUUUCUCUAGAAGCUUUCAUCCUAAUAUUCAGACUGCUAGGUCUUUUUCCGACGUCAAGGCGUAUGUUGAGAAGAACGGUGACUACACUGACUGGGGUGAGUUCCAAAUUGAUGGGAGAUCUUCAAGAAAUGGUCCCCUCAAUUUAGCUGAGGUUUAUGCUGAGGCCCUUAAUGCUGGUAUUGAGUGGUGGUUAGAGGCUAAUUUUAUUGUUAAUGGCACUACGCUGCCAGAGGUAAAUAAUAAUAAAUAUGUUCUUAGGACUGAUAUUGAUCGACCGGUGAGUUUGAUAUUGGAAGGGCCGAGCAGGACAGGUAAAAAGAUAUGGGCUCGGUCAUUAGGCCUGCAUAACUAUAUCUGUGGACACAUGGACUUCAAUGCAAACACCUUCAGGAAUGAUGUCAUGUACAAUGUGAUUGAUGACGUAGCUCCUUAG